GCUGGUUAACAGGCUCCGAGCUGCUCAGCGACUUGUUUUAAGCAUUUCUCCCUCGCUCUCGCUUUUAAUCUUGUCUCUAGUGGCGUGUGUAGGGGGGAGGACUUUAUUUCCAUUGGCUAAGCGCUCCCUUCCCACCCACAUCCCUUCCACAUCACCUUGGUGUCUCCCUAAAUAAAACCAGCCCUCCUUAUCGCCUGGAAAAAAUCAGGAGCUAGAGUUUGAAUGGGUUUUAUAUAAACACUCACCCCUGCCAGUGUGCGGCUGGGCUCUCAGGAUAAACUCGUCUGGCCUGAUGCUUGCCUGGCGUUCUCUGCCUUGAACAGCAAGGUAUAAUCAGAGUCCGGGACUGGGAACUCUUCCCUGAAAUUUGAUCAACCUGAAGCCAGUUGCGGAACUGCACAGGGUCCCGAUGGACCUCAAGGAGAGUCCCAGCGAGGGCAGCCUGCAACCAUCUAGCAUUCAGAUCUUCGCCAACUCCUCCACUCUCCAUGGCAUCCGCCACAUCUUCGUGUAUGGGCCGCUGACCAUCCGGCGUGUGCUCUGGGCUGUGGCCUUCGUGGGCUCUCUGGGCCUGCUGCUGGUGGAGAGCUCCGAGAGAGUGUCCUACUACUUUUCCUAUCAGCACGUUACCAAGGUGGACGAGGUGGUGGCCCAGAGCCUGGUCUUCCCAGCUGUGACCCUUUGCAACCUCAACGGCUUCCGGUUCUCCAGGCUCACCACCAAUGACCUGUACCACGCUGGGGAGCUCCUGGCCCUGCUGGACGUCAACCUGCAGAUCCCCGACCCGCACCUAGCUGACCCUACAGUGCUGGAAGCCCUGCGGCAGAAGGCCAACUUCAAACACUACAAACCCAAGCAGUUCAGCAUGCUGGAGUUCCUGCAUCGCGUGGGCCAUGACCUGAAGGAUAUGAUGCUGUACUGUAAGUUCAAGGGGCAGGAGUGUGGCCACCAAGACUUCACCACAGUGUUUACAAAAUAUGGGAAGUGUUACAUGUUUAACUCAGGCGAGGAUGGCAAGCCUCUGCUCACCACGGUCAAGGGGGGGACAGGCAACGGGCUGGAGAUCAUGCUGGACAUUCAGCAAGAUGAGUACCUGCCCAUCUGGGGAGAGACAGAGGAAACGACGUUUGAAGCAGGAGUGAAAGUUCAGAUCCACAGUCAGUCUGAGCCACCUUUCAUCCAGGAGCUGGGCUUUGGGGUGGCUCCAGGGUUCCAGACCUUUGUGGCCACACAGGAGCAGAGGCUCACGUACCUGCCCCCACCCUGGGGCGAGUGCCGAUCCUCAGAGAUGGGGCUGGACUUCUUUCCUGUUUACAGUAUCACCGCCUGUCGCAUCGACUGUGAGACCCGCUACAUCGUGGAGAACUGCAACUGCCGGAUGGUCCACAUGCCAGGGGAUGCCCCUUUCUGCACGCCGGAGCAGCACAAGGAGUGCGCAGAGCCUGCUCUAGGUCUGCUGGCGGAAAAGGACAGCAAUUACUGUCUCUGCAGGACCCCCUGCAAUCUGACCCGCUACAACAAAGAGCUCUCCAUGGUGAAGAUCCCCAGCAAAACGUCAGCCAAGUACCUGGAGAAGAAAUUUAACAAAUCAGAAAAAUAUAUCUCAGAGAACAUUCUUGUUCUGGAUAUAUUUUUUGAAGCUCUCAACUACGAGACAAUUGAGCAGAAGAAGGCGUAUGAAGUUGCUGCCUUACUUGGUGACAUCGGUGGUCAGAUGGGGUUAUUUAUUGGUGCUAGUAUCCUUACAAUACUAGAGCUCUUUGAUUAUAUUUAUGAGCUGAUCAAAGAGAAGCUAUUAGACCUGCUUGGCAAAGAGGAGGAUGAAGGGAGCCAUGAUGAGAACGUGAGUACUUGUGACACGAUGCCAAACCACUCUGAAACCAUCAGCCACACUGUGAAUGUGCCCCUGCAGACGGCCUUGGGCACCUUGGAGGAGAUUGCCUGCUGACACCCCUCGGGCCACCCAGCACCCUCCAACAGACCUUAAGGCCCAAGAUCCAGGACAGGGGACAGCAAGCUCAGGUGGGAUGGCCCCUGAUGAUGGAAAGAAGCAAGAGCCCCCUAUGCACACAUUGCAGACUUCUACCAAACCUCGCUCCGGCCACGUCUCACGUGAAGCGUCCCUGGGCCCCACCGUGCGUCCCUCGUAGGAGAGAUGAGUCACACUCUGGAACUGUCCCAGAACCAACCUGCCAUCACAUCUCACUGCCAGAUGUAUAAAGCACCUGCAUGCUCAGACUUCUUACAGCACCACUCUCCGUCUGUCUUGUACAUGACAUUCCUCCGUGUGGUUUCCAGCGCCCACUUGGGCCUGUGCAGUGGGACCAGAUUCCCAGCUGGUCCGUGAGGGCAGGCUGGAGUCAGCGCUGCGCAGUCAAGAGGGAAAUCGCAGAACUCUACUACUGUGGAUCCUUGUGUCGUUUGUGAAGGUUCUUCACCUGCCCGCAAACCCCUUUCCCACUGAAACGGCCCAUGGGGAUCUGGCACUGAAGGUGAACAACACCAAACUCCCCACGACCGACCCCACAGCCUGUGGAGGUGACACAGUGGCCUGGGUGACCCCGGUCUCCAUCCAUGGAGCUACGUCAUUCUUCUCUCCCUGUGACACAGCUUGUACAGUCUGAUUCUUUUUAAUUUGGGGGACUUUGGUUUGUCUGUCGGAGAUUUGUUUUGUUCUGCUCUGUUUUAUGGUUUUUG